UCAACAUUGGAGGAGAGAAGAUAGGGAGGGAGGCAAGGAGAAAUGUGACUUUAAGUGUCAUUAGACUGUAUGUUUUUAGGGGCUUGGUUGAUAUUUGGAUAUUGCAUGUUUCUGUAGUGGAGAUGAACGUUGGCGUGGGGUGGUUUUACAAAACUGCAGUUUUCCCAUCUUCUUCUUCUGCCUAAAUCUGGGGCGUGUACUCCUGCUCUCAAACUCCCAGUACAACUGCAGCUCCAGAGAGGGUGUCUGGAUUUGCAGUCAGGGACAGUGAUCAUCAGCCUCUCUCUCUCUCUCUCUCUCUCUCUCUCUCUCUCUCUCUCUCUCUCUCUCUCUCUCUCUCUCUGACACACACACUCAUUGUCUCGGUCCUUCAGUCCGUCUUUCCUCUCUUCAAACAUCUUUUCUCAUCUUUUUCAAGGAUGUCUGCUAACGGCGCCGACGGGCCCGGUGAUCUGCUGCGGAUCCCGCUGGGUCUCAUCAACAGCGGGGGGAAAUACCUGACGGCGGAGACCUUCGGGUUUAAAAUCAACGCCUCGGCCAGCAGCCUAAAGAAAAAGCAGACCUGGACCCUGGAGCAGACCGGGGAGGACGGCAGCGUCGUCUUCCUGCUCUCCCACCUGGGCCGCUACCUCGCCACGGACAAAGACGGGAACGUUACCGCGGACAGCGAGACGCGCGGCCGGGACUGCCGCUUCAUCAUCACAGCGCACGAGGACGGGCGGUGGUCGCUGCAGUCCGAGCCGCACGGCCGGUACCUGGGCGGGACCGAGGACCGGAUCACUUGCUUUGCGCAGACAGCCUCCCCGGCAGAGAAAUGGAGCGUGCACCUGGCCGUGCAUCCCCAGGUCAAUCUGUACAGUAUUGCGCGCAAACGCUUCGCCCACCUGAGCGCGCGCGGGGAGGUGUCCAUAGACCGGGAUGUCCCAUGGGGGGUCGACUCGCUCAUUACACUGGUCUACCGGGACCAGCGCUACCACCUCGAGACCUCCGACAACCGGUUCCUAAAGAAUGACGGCUCCCUGUCCAGCAAAACGGACAAGGAUACCGGGUUCAUGCUGGAGUUCCGCUCUGGGAAAGUGGCUUUUCGUGACUGCAACGGUCGCUAUCUGGCGCCCGUGGGUCCCACCGGCACGAUGAAAUCUGGGAAGAGCACCCGGGUCGGUAAGGAUGAACUGUUCGGGUUGGAGCGCAGCCACGCGCAGGUCGUGCUGACUGCAGGCAACGAGAGGAACGUCUCCACGAGGCAAGGCAUGGACUUGUCAGCCAAUCAGGAUGAGGAGGGGGACCAGGAAGUCUUCCAGUUGGAGAUGAGCCGUGAGGACAGGAAGUGUGCCUUCCGAACUGCCGCUGGAAAAUACUGGACCCUCACCACAACCGGAGGACUGCAGUGCACUGCCUCCACAAAGUCAGCCAACACUUACUUUGAGCUGGAGUGGCGUGAUGGCCGCGUGUGUGUGCGUGCGGCUAACGGCAAGUAUGUCACUGCCAAGAAGAACGGACAGCUGGCUGCCACUGUUGAGAGCGCAGGGGAAGCCGAGCAGUUCCUGAUGAAGCUGAUCAAUCGUCCCAUCAUUGUCCUCCGCGGAGAGCAUGGUUUCAUUGGCUGUCGCAAAGCUGGAAUGCCAACACUGGACUCGAACCGAGCCUCCUAUGAUGUUUUCCAGCUUGAGUUCCACAAUGGAGCAUACUGCCUCAAAGACUCCCAGGGAAAGUACUGGUGUGUCGGAGACGACACAGCGGUGGUGUGCAGCAGCAGCGAGCCUGUCCAGUUCCUGUUUGAGUUUUGUGACGUCAACAAGAUGAUGAUUCGCAUUCCGGGGGGGAAAUACCUUAAAGGAGAUCAUGCUGGGGGGCUGAAGGCCGGUGCUGACACUGUGGACAGCGCCACCCUCUGGGAAUACUGAGAAAGUACAGCCAGACUGCACCAUGAUGUAACUCGAUGCUUCAAAAUCUAUAGGUAGAUAGGUAGCUGUUUGUUUUUGCAUAUGUGUGUGUGUGUGUGUGUGUGUGUAUGCGUGUAUGCGUGUGUGUAAUUGUGACUGUGCUUGGGUGGAUGUGUGGAUGUGCUUUUGUGUGAGGUGAAGACUGGAGUUACUAAUCUGGAAAGCAUGGCACCACUCUGGGUGAUUUUUUUUUUUCCUUGACUUAGCAUCUCUGCUUACUGGGCUUCAAACUGAAAAUUUGAAUUUAUCAUGACUUGCUGACUUGAUCAAUGAAUUAUGGACGAAUCAUGAUAACAAUUUGGUUACACAUUAUCUGUUUUACUUCCAGCCCAGUUGACACAAGUUUUACCUGAUACGUUUCAGGGAUAUUACUGGCUAGAGUCAGCAAUAGUUGUGUCUAUCUAUGGUAACUACUGGUAUAAAUGCACAUGCUGAAUUCUAUUACUCAUAAUUUACAAUAUCUAACCUUCCGUUAAAUGUGGUGUGGCUGGAGCUCUUCUAUUAUUGUAUUGCUGGUUCUAUAACGCUGCUUUCAUCUCCUGUUCUCAGACUGAGUCAUAAAACACAUUAUGAAGUAUUACUGAUCCACAUGUUUAUGCUGUAAAUAAUGCUUUCCCUGUCACUGAGCACUUCACAAACGGCUAUCAUGGAAACUUUAAAUGUAAAAUUGUGCCGAGGCUCUUAAGAAGAAAUAGGAUGGGGCGCACUUGGGCCUUACCUCCCAUCCACAGUUGCUUCCCCAGUUGAUGUGCAGACAGAUUGAAUGGGUUCUGGUGUAAAGCUCUUUCUAAGUCCUCAGAUGAAUCUGAAAUUGUACUUUUAGGAGGCAAGGAAUGCAGGAGGGGGCAAGGGAGAUGAGUCUUGACUGCUGGAGCAUCCUGAGUCUGACUGGUCAUCAUAUCUGUUGAAAAGGAGGGAUGGAAGUAAGGGAGGCUGUGGGGGGACCGCUUACCAAUGAGUCUCAGAAGCUGUCCAUACACAUAUGCAUGUGUACACACAUACACACACACACGCACAACACACAUGAACAUGUAUUCAUAGAUAUACCAACUCGUAUUCAGUGUGUGAAGAAGGUGACCCACAGUCUUUACAAUGAUGUAGUAACUAAAAUGAAUGACAAUGAAAAGCACAUAUUUGUAGUGUUGAACUGCCUGCCUUAGAUCAGGUGCUACUGUUGGCCUGUAAACACAAUGAUGGGUCAGUGUCAUUGGCUAUCAUUGCGGCUGUGCCUUGCAUAGAAUAUUUCUGUCUUUUCUUCAUGUUCAUCCAUUUGAGCUAAACUGAAUGAAAAAGUCCAAUAAAGUUUUCUCUCUUGACAAAGAA